CCAGAAUGCCGAGUUCCAUGCUGUUUGCGGUCAACAAUGAGGGGAAGAUAUUUGGUCUGUCGACAAACGGAACUAAGUGGAGGGAGUUCCAGUACUUGGGCCUGGAGUUCAAGCAGGUGUCGGCGGUCCCGAACUUCCUGUGGGCGGUGGGCAGUGAUCGACAGAUCUAUGUCCAUGCCCACGGACUGGAUAUCCCCAUCCGGAUCAAAGAAGAGACGUAUGAGAACCAGAGAUGGUCACCAAUCCAUGGAUUCGGGAAGCACAUGCUGCCGACGGAUCGGUUCCGCUGGUCCACCAAGGAUGGGCUGACGGAGCGACGCCUGGACCAGAUCCGGUUGCCAUCCAUGGCAUGGCAGUGGGAGGGUGACUGGCACAUAGAGACUACUCUGGAUGGACAACAGUUGGAUGAUGAUGGUUGGACGUAUGCAGUAGACUUCCCCGCAACAUACCACAGCCAGAAACAGUGGUCGUCGUGUGUGCGCCGCCGCAAGUGGGUACGUUACCGCCGAUAUGCUGCUAUCAACUCUUGGUGUGCCAUCGCGCCUCUUCACAAGGAUCCCACACAGGAACCCUUCAUUGAUGUGAGUAUAGGAGGAACCAACGUGCCCGGCAGUGCGGCGGGAUCUAUGCAGGUGUGGGCUGUCACGGCGUACGGCAGAGUGAUGUGGCGGUCAGGAGUGAGUAGAGUGUCGCCGGAAGGUGUGAGAUGGAAUUGCGUCACGAUGCCACCCGGUUGUGAUGUGAUAAACAUCAGUUGCGGCUCCACAGGACUGGUGUGGGCCAUCAUGUUCAACGGCCGAGCCCUGGUGCGUGGUGGCGUCACUGGCGUCUCGCCCACUGGUUCGCACUGGCUGGAAGUGGCUGCUCCCGAGGAGGGGUUGAAACUGACGAGGGUGAGCGUGGGCACACACAGCGUGUGGGCGAUCAGCAACGAUCACCGUGUGUGGUGGCGGAAAGGCGUGAGGGGCGGGAUGGCCGAGGGCGGGGCCAGCGAUGAGCUCGCCCGUGGUUCAGGUUGGGUCGAGAUGGUGGGAGGGAUGGCGAUGGUGUCCGUUGCCACCAACGAUCAGGUGUUUGGCGUGGGCAGUGAGGAUCGCACUGUGUAUUACCGUGCUGGCGUUACAGCUGCGGAGAUGACAGGUCGACGAUGGCGUCCUCUGUACGCGGCUACGCAGUAUAGCCGCGCAAGCAGCUGUGCUAGCCUGCCCUCCGGCAAGCACAACAGCACAAGUUCUCUGAAUCGGAACAGCCUGGCCGACCUGACAGGAGGGGAGGAGACGUCUCACUCUGCUCCUGUCUCGCUGCGGUUUACAGAGCAAGGCGUGGCGACGCUCCACCGACAGUGCGGCCUUGCGUCACUAUCGGCAGGCUUCGGAGAGCGGGGCUGUCGAACAACCCAUCCUCGAGAACAGAGCGAGGUGGACCUGUCGCGCCGUAGUGUCCGAGCGUGGAGUCCUGUACGAUCUGUGGGCUCGGUGCUGGGUGUGGAGGCAGUACCCACAACUGAUGCUGACCGAGUGCUGGACCCAGAAUGUGAGAGAGAGGCUUUCCGAGAGCGGGAUAGUCCAGACCCAGAGGAGCCGUCGUGGUCACAGGCCACCACCGUGUGGUUGUGUGUUGAGGCAGGAGCUGUCACUGUAGAUCCACAAGUUUUGCCUAACUGGUUCCACGAAGGCGUACCCAGUGGUCAGUUCGAAAGUGCACCAUGGCGCUCCAAGAUCCUGGCAGACCUGAAGAUUCGCCACAGCCUGGAGACAAGCACGUUCGAGAAAUACGAACUCGCUGUUGAAAUGGCUUCUUGGGUUAAGACUGGAGAGUGCCGGUGCUGUCUGCCUGGCACUGCCGUGUAUGACGACUGUAUACUGGAGCUGGAGUGGGUGGGCAGUCAGGCAGGUUGUCUGGAUUCCGGCACCCUGUCCGUACUGACCAUAGACAAGGCCCAUACCAGAGCUCAGCUGUCUCUGGGUGAAGUGGUGUGUGUGAGCAGCUGUAGCGAGCCUGGCAACCCGCGUCUCGCUGUGCACACGUUGCGCAGUGCUGCCACCCGCACGGCACCUCUGCGUCUGCAGUUCUGUGGAGACGUUGAUCACGACGAUUGGCUCGCCAACCUCACAUCAGUGUGCUGUCAGAUGAUGGGGUUGGAGGGGUCACCUAAGAAAGGUUCCAUAUGGAUCACAUCUCGCCUCGGAGAGGUUUUCUCUUUCGACCCCUCUACUUUCCAGACGGCCCAGCAGAGAGAUGGUCUGUACUGCCAUCCCUUGGAUGUGCGGCAAGGCACCAGUUGGCUUCUGUCCAACGGCUUCCCCCCUGGCUCUCGGCUUGUCGUUAACGGUUCAAUCAACGACAGAGCUGACAGAUUCAAUCUGGACCUGGUGUGUGAGAGCGUGUCCGAGCGCACCGUGGCCUUCCACUUCAACCCCAGGUUCCUUGACCGCGUUGUGGUGCGCAACUCCAUGACGGCUGGCCAAUGGGAUUCCGAGGAGAGGGAGGGCGCCCUCACACUCUCACCCAGCUGCGACUUCUGCAUCGAAUUCCUCUGUCAGGAAGAUGGCUAUAAGGUGAUUGUGAAUGGAAUGGUGUUCACGUACUUUGAGCAUCGCCACAAGCCGCAAAGCGUUACACACUUGGAAGUGAACGGUGACUGCCAUCUGCACGAGGCUCUCUACUACACAAAAAAGGUGAUAAUUCCGAUGACAGAGAUGUUCUGGCGGCCGAUGGGCGGACACCUGCAGAGGGUGGAGACGUGUGAGAACGGGGUCACAUGGGGUGUGGGGUCAGACAACACUCCUUGGGCCUACUCUGGGGGUUGGGGCGGUUCCGUUCUGGGGGGUCUGGAACGGACGAUGGCUGGUGUACAUCCGAUGACGGACACUUACAGCUUCUACCUGUACGAGAACCAGAGGUGGAACCCCUUGAGUGGGUUCACGACGCGAGGUCUCCCCACGGACCGUCCUAUGUGGAGCGACUCCACCGGCCGGAUCAAGCGCUCCAAGGAGACCACACGCCUCCUGUCCAUGCACUGGCAAUGGGUAGGUGACUGGGCUGUAGAUUAUCACACACCAGGAGGUGUCGACAAGGAUGGGUGGCAGUACGCCGUGGACUUCCCACGAAACUAUCACGCCAACAAACAGCUAACGGACUAUGUGCGGAGACGACGAUGGGUGCGCCGGUGUCGCCUGACAACUUCUGGGCCUUGGCUGGAAGUCGGCAACACCAAGAUAGCAGAUCUGUCUCUGCAGAGUUUACCAAACAGUCAUGCUGUGUCAGUGUGGGCGGUAGGAGCAAACGGAGACGCUCUGUAUAGGAAAAACGUCACUGUGGAAAAUCCCAUGGGCGACUCAUGGGAACACGUGGCCUGUGACCAGGCGCUGUGCAGUGUCAGCUGUGGGCCGCACAACCAGGUCUGGGCCAUUGGCAGGAACGGCUCCACCUACUGGCGCUUUGGCAUUACCACCUCCAACCCCAUGGGUGAAGUGUGGGAGAGUGUGGAGCCGCCCAGUGGUCCGACUCUCCGGCAGGUGUCGGUGGGGCUGUGGUCUGUGUGGGCGGUCAACCAGGACAACCGAUUGUUUGUCCGCAAGGAAAUAACCUCUGUGUUCCCAGAAGGCACCCAUUGGCAGGCCGUCACCGAUGCUAAUUGCGGGAAUAAGGAUUCAGAGCUGGUGAUGCGGCAGAUCAGCAUGGGUGGUCCGGAAGUGUGGGGGGUGACCACAACUGGUGUUGUCUGUCGUAGAUUAGGAGUGACAGCGGACAACCCAGCCGGUACCUCCUGGCUCCUGGGAUUGCAGGGAAAUUGGCGUCAUGUCAGUCCUAGGGGCUUCUCGUAGUCUCCUACCCGUUAACAUUUUCCUCAUCGUACCUUCGGUGAUAUAUUUUACAGGUUUUAAACCGAACUAUGAGUAUUGGCUAGUCAUGGUAGUGUCCCGACAUUCCGACUGACACGUAAUAUUGCUGCUGUGCAG